AUGUCUGCCUCCGACUCGAGCGCUACAGGACUCAUCUGUAACAAGGGUUCAGCCGAUUCCUACACUAGUCGACCCUCGGAUUCCGACCUGUCCCUGGGGGAGGACCAGGAGGCGUCUCGGCGUGAAGCCGAGCGCCAGGUUCAACUGCAGCUAGAGAGAGCCAAGUCGAAACCAGUAGCAUUUGCAGUAAAAACCAAUGUGAGUUACUGUGGGGCCCUUGAUGAAGAUUGCCCAGUCCAAGGUGCCGCUAUUAACUUUGAAACCAAAGACUUUCUGCACAUAAAAGAGAAAUACAACAAUGAUUGGUGGAUCGGUCGGCUGGUGAAGGAAGGGGCAGACAUCACUUUCAUCCCGAGUCCAGUUAAACUGGAGGCCAUGAGGAUAAAACAAGAGCAGAAAGCAGCAGCUCUGAAAGCCAAACAGAAGCAGAAACAGACCGAACAUGUUCCUCCGUAUGAUGUGGUCCCUUCUAUGCGGCCAGUGGUGCUGGUGGGCCCCUCACUGAAAGGCUACGAGGUAACAGACAUGAUGCAGAAAGCCUUGUUUGACUUCCUAAAGCACAGAUUUGACGGCAGGAUCUCUAUUACACGGGUGACUGCUGAUCUGUCACUGGCGAAGCGCUCGGUGCUGAACAAGAAGGCCAUAAUGGAGAGAUCCAACACACGCUCCAGUCUGGCUGAGGUCCAGAGUGAGAUAGAGAGGAUCUUUGAGCUGGCCAAGUCUCUUCAGCUGGUUGUCCUGGAUGCAGACACCAUCAACCACCCAGCACAGCUCCUCAAAACUUCUCUGGCUCCCAUCAUCGUCUACGUCAAAGUGUCCUCGCCUAAAGUUCUUCAGAGGCUAAUCAAAUCUCGGGGGAAGUCGCAAAGCAAACACCUCAACGUCCAGAUGAUGGCAGGAGACAAGCUAGCUCAGUGUCCACCUGAGAUGUUUGAUGUCAUCCUGGAUGAGAAUCAGCUGGAAGAUGCGUGUGAACACCUUGCGGAGUACCUGGAAAUUUACUGGCGUGCUACGCAUCUCCCCUGUUCUGCCCCUGUUAACCCCUUAUUGGACCAAAGUGUGAUCACCCCACCCUCAGCUAACUCCAGCCAACAAAACAAAGAGCAGAAGCCCUAUGAGAAGGAGCAGGAGGCUGGUGAGCUGGAGGAAGAGGAGAAGCAAAAACAGGGAGAGGAGCAGGAAGAGGAGGAAGAUCUGACCAGAGGAGCGUCCACCUCACUGCUGCCCCCUCGGCAAGAGCUCCCUGUUCCCACCGCCACACGACAACUCAGGGCCGCUUUCUACAGCUGCACACCUACUGGUAACAAAAACCAGUACAGCAGUGCAGUCACUGCACGGCACCCUAUCUCCCUCCCACCCUGACCUUGUUCCCAACUCCCUGCUUUCACACUGGAGGUCACAUCCCCCACCUGGUGAAGCUGAACUAGCCCAUGUGUGGUCAGACACCCAGAAGUGGCUGUCCCAGACACAGAUAGGCUAAUUCAGCUCCCAUUGUAGACAAACUGCACACCUGUGAAGUCAGAGUAUGUUAGCGUACAGUACUGUAGCAUAGCAACGCAAUCAGUAUAACACAAAAUAUAAACACGAAUAGCUUCCCAUUGUAGGGUUCCCAGGGUUUUCUUCUGAUAAACCGGGCUUCCCCCUCUGGCCAAAGAGUGCAGAGAGUGACAGUAAACAAGUUCUGUAUGUCUUCCAUCUCCACAGCUCUCGAUGAGCUGUCAUUCCAGUUUAGCCAAAUGUUUCCUCAAAGGCACAGUUGUUCCUUUAUCACUUGCUUUCUCUUCUUGUUUAUCUACUAGCCUUUUUUAAAUGAUCCUUUCCCAUUUAUUUUUUUACACUAACUAUCUAUACUAUUAUGUAUAAUUCAUAUAUUGGCCCUCAGUAUAGCUGAUCAUAUACCUGUACACAACAGUGAUGCAAAACAAGCAAACAAGCACAGGCUUGCACAGUCUAUAUGCAUUUUUUGUCACAGCUGUGAAUGUAUAAAUGCUGGUCGGUUAGCUUAGGAAAGAUUAUUAUUUAUUUAUUAACAACUGUGGUUUGUUUGCAAAUGGUCGGUGGCCAAUCCCAAAACUAAAAUGAAAAUGCAAUUGAAUAUUAACCAAAAACUGUGGUUGUUGAUCUCACUUAUAGUUCUCUGAGAGAAAAAGGCUCUUCCAACAAAUGACAGACAAACGCAAUACAAAUCAUUAACUCACAUUUUAAAUUUUCUUCAAAUGUAAUUCUAAAUAAUGACAUUUAAUAAUUUCAACUAAUGAUACUGGAUGUCUGAUGUCACAGUAGUAUGCAUUUUUUAUCCCAAAGAAAUUUUAAUUCUUCUUUCUGACACAAUUCGAUCCACCCAGAAACAUGUAGCAUAACCAGAUAUCAGACAUUUAACAAGUGUAGGUUACAGAUGCAUUGUUCCCAACUCAGGCUGAUAACUGAAGCUUGGACUGCAACAGUGACUCUGUCCUUUUACUCUUAUAACCAGAUGUUGUACAUUAUGAUGAAUAAAUGAUCAUUUCUAUUGGCUGUUUCUUUGUGCAAAAGAAAAAAAAACAAAAG